UCUUAUUUUAAAAUCUCAACUUCGCCAUUGCCCUUCACAUUGACUUCUCAACUCUCACACUGUGACACAGUCUUCUUCUUUACUCUCCGGUCAAUAUAAAUUAUGACAUAAAAUAAAGAAUUUUUAUUAACCCUUCUAAGUCUUUGAUUUAAGCUUAAUUUAUCCCCCUUCACCAAUUCAUCAUGACCAAUUCUUGAUCCAAACAAUCCUUAUUUCCUGCUCAAUUUUUCAAAAUUUCCAGUUUCCAAUUUCAUAUCUUGUUUUUAAGGCAUACCCAGAUAGAAAAAACAGCAAAAAAUGGAGUCUAACGAUGAAUCAUCUCACGUUAAAGUAGUUAUAAUCUCAUUCCCACCACCAAAUAACCCAUCUUUAGGCAAAACCAUCACUGCUUUUACACUCACUAACACUGAUCAUCACCAUCUUUUCCCCCACCAAGAUCAAGUCUUUGAAGCCCCAGUUGAAUCCCCAUCAAUCCCACCACAAAACCCACAAAUUCAAUCCUCAUUUUCACCUCUCUUUUUCACUACACCAAUCAAGCUUUUUUUGUUCUUGGCUAUUUCUUUUUUUGCUGUUAUUGCCUUUAGGUCCCUGUUGUUUUCAAGUACCCUUCAAGAAUUAAAGUCUUCUGAAUCUGAUAAUGAUGAAAAGACUCAAACUUUUAUCUUUCCGUUGUAUCAUAAAUUUGGUAUUGGUGAGGUGGCUCAGAGGGAUGUUGAGCAUAAAUUGGUUAGGUUUGUUAAUAAGGAGAAUUUGGUGGGUUCAGUUGGGAUUGUUAGUAAAAAACAUAAGCUGGGUUCUUUAAAUGGUGCUUCUUUGGUGGAUUCUUCAACUGUUUUUCCUGUUAGAGGCAGUGUUUAUCCUGAUGGAGUAUAUUUCACAUACAUACUUGUUGGGACCCCUCCAAGACCUUACUAUCUUGAUAUCGACACUGCAAGUGACUUAACAUGGAUUCAAUGUGAUGCUCCAUGCACCAGCUGUGCCAAGGGAGCCAAUGCUUUGUACAAACCAAGAAGAGACAAUAUUGUAACGCCAAAGGACUCACUAUGUAUGGAACUUCAAAGAAAUCAGAACUCGGGAUAUUGUGCAACAUGCCAACAAUGUGAUUAUGAGAUUGAAUAUGCAGAUCAGAGCUCGUCAAUGGGAGUUCUUGCACGGGAUGAACUUCACCUAACGAUGGCAAAUGGAUCUUCGACCAAAUUAAAAUUGAAUUUUGGGUGCGCAUAUGAUCAGCAAGGCUCACUCUUAAACACUCUGGCGAAAACAGAUGGGAUCCUUGGAUUAAGCAAAGCUAAAGUUAGUUUACCUUCUCAGUUGGCAAGCAAAGGAAUUAUUAAGAAUGUCUUGGGUCAUUGCCUCACCAAUGAUGUUGAUGGUGGUGGGUAUAUGUUCUUAGGUGAUGAUUUUGUACCACGGUGGGGCAUGGCAUGGGUUCCCAUGCUUGACAGUCCAUCAAUAGAAUCAUAUCAGACACAGAUUCUGAAGUUGAAUUACGGAAGCAGCCCACUCAGUUUAGAUGGUCAGGACAGAAGAGUCAGAAAUAUUGUGUUUGACAGUGGAAGUUCCUAUACAUACUUCACAAAGGAAGCAUACUCUGAGUUGGUUGCUUCGCUCAAAGAGGUAUCUGGCGAUGCACUUAUCCAAGAUACAUCUGAUCCAACACUGCCCUUUUGUUGGCGUGCAAAAUUCCCGAUCAGAUCUGUUUCAGAUGUGAAGCAGUACUUCAAGACUUUAACCCUUCAAUUCGGAAGCAAAUGGUGGAUUAUCUCCACCAAAUAUCACAUUCCUCCAGAAGGCUAUCUAAUCAUCAAUAAUAAAGGCAAUGUCUGCUUGGGUAUUCUUGACGGUAGCAAUGUGCAUGACGGAUCGACGAUUAUACUUGGAGAUAUAUCAAUGAGGGGGCAAUUGGUGAUAUAUGACAAUGUUAACAAGAAAAUUGGAUGGACUUCUUCAGAUUGUGUGAAGCCCAAUUCACUCGACAGCCUACCCUUCUUCGAGGGAUAAGAUAAGAUAGCCUAUUUUUGUAACUCUAACUCUAACUUAUACAUAUUACCCCACCUUUGUAAAUAUUCUCCAGACAGAGCCUCAUACUUCAUUGUCAAUACCAUUUGUUAGUAUCAUUAAUAUAACCUAACUUCUAUUA